CCGGUUUAUGUUUCUACUAAUCGAAUACAAUUGUAUUCUUUGGGCAAAAAGAAGAUUCUCAAAUCAAAAACAUUUGCUGUCAGAAAAGUUCAGGAUAAUCAGAAUGUCAGGAUAUUUGACAGCAGGUGUUAGAACUACAGUUUUGCGGCCUCCGUAUGGAAUUUGUCGUUGUUACUGCCAUCGCCUGUAUCAUGCAGAUCAGUAUAGAGGUUACACCAGAAAGUCGGAGACCGAUGCCAGUCGGGAAGCAGUUUUUGUGAAUUCACUCUACCUCAAGCCUUUUACAUAUACGCAGACAAGCAAUAGAACAAACAAUCAUAUAUCUAAAUUCUCUUCUACCAUAUUUGGACCACUCACUUCUCCAGUUAUAACUGAAUAUCUUUCAACACGAUCUCUGCAUUCCUCUGUUUUCCUGUUAAAAGAAGAUACCCGAGUGGAAAAGUCGGUGAAAAUUAUAAAGGAAAAAGUAGAGGAGGACAAAAAUGUUUCGUCUAACAAAACAUUGACUCAAGGAACGAAAAGUGUCCAGAAAUCAAAUGAAACUACUCAAAAGAAAGGCUUUUUAGCAGUGAAACUUGAAAAAUGGAAGGCUUUGUUAGCAGAAAUGAAGAAAGUUGGUUACUUUCAUUACAUGUGGACUGGUUUAAAACAUUUUGUUCGACACUACUGGGAUGGUUUUCGGUUGAUCUGGAAAAAUUCGAAAUACUGCAUGCCCUUGUUGUUCAGGUAUUUGAGGGAAGGUCGAUCCUCGUUAAAGAGAAGAGAAUACAAAAUGUUGACGCGGACGCUAGCAGACCUGAUCCGGAUGGUUCCCCUUAUACCCAUGAUUCUGAUUCCCCUCGGGGAAAUCUUCAUCCCAUUUUACAUGUCACUGAACAUGAUGCCAAGUGUUUUCCAGAACAAACCAAAGACAGCGGACUACAAGCGUCAACUGCAGAUAAAGCUGGAAUAUGCGUCCCUAUUGGCCAACAGCCUGCACGAGAUCCCUCUGCGGAAGGCCAAGUCUGGAGCAACUACAGUACAGGACUUUGCGGACUUCAUGCAAAAGGUGAAAACCACAGAGAAGAUCCCAUCUAUCGACGAGAUCACCAAGUUUUCCUCGCUGUUUGAAGACUCGAUCACACUGGACGACCUGAACGUGACUCAGCUACAGGCCCUGUGUAAGAUCCUGGGUAUCGGCUUCCUCGGGAAGAUCCCUAGCGCCCCGGUGUUGAGGUUUCAGAUCAUUAUGAAAGUGAGGGAACUGGAGGUGGACGAUAAGGUAAUCCAGAAGGAGGGUAUGGACAGUCUCACCACUGAAGAACUUCAGGCUGCCAACCGAGCUCGGGGAAUGAGGGCAGUUGGCUUGUCCGAGGAAAGGCUCAAAGUACAGCUACAGCAGUGGCUUGACCUUCAUCUCAAGAGUCGGGUUCCCACCAGCUUGCUUCUACUGACUAGGGUCAUGUACCUGGACGAGAACCUGUCACCGGCUGCACAACUUAAGGAGACUCUGAAGAGCUUGUCAAACUCUACUGUUGACAAGGUGCAGGUGACGGCCGCGGAGACUCAGGGUGAGGAGGUGGAUACGGAGAAGAAACUCCGCGUCUUGGAGGAGGAACACGCCGCCAUUAAGAAGGAGAAGGAACAAGAGGAGAAGGAGAGAAAGGAGGAGGAGAGGCUGACUAAGGAGACAACAGACAAGAAACAGAAUGAUCUCAAGGAGAUGGCCCUGAAGGAGAUGCAGCAGCGGGUGAUUGACCAGGAGUUGGCGGAGAAACUUACCACUUUACAGCAGGAGAAGGCUGAGGAUAAGAUAACUCUGCAAGACGUUGAGCCCAUGGUUGACACAGCGCCCACUGUGACAGCCAAACCCACUGAAGAGCUUAAGGUGGAGCCAAGCACUGUCCCAGAGGUGGUCCCAGUCCCUGAAGUUAUCACUGCUGAGACUGUGGUCCCACCCACCGUGGAAGACAUCGAGGAAGACAUCACUGCCAAGGAUCUCGGGGAGAUCGAGAAAGCCAUUGAAGACAUGGCCAAACACCACAAAGAUGAGCUGUCUGAGGUUAAAGGAGAUUUAGAUAAUUACACCGAGGACAUGGCUGACAUCAAGGCACUAUGUGAGAACACUGACUACGCCAAGCAGAUUGAGGAGACAAAGGGUGCGAAGAAACUCCACAACUACCUGAACAAGUACCUGCACCGGCUGGACAAGAGAAUCACUGUGGUUCAAACCAAGAAGGAGGAACUGCUGGAGACUAUCGAGAAACAGGAGUCACGUCUGCUUGACGAGACUGAGCAUCCCCCUGAGAUACUCAAGGCCAUCGAGAUAAAAAAAGGAAACCUGAUCAGUGUGAACGAGGUGCUGUUAUCCCUAAAGCGUCUACAGAAUGUUCCGGACGAUGUGCGCAUGCAGAAGGUCUUGCAGGUGCUUGAUACCGACGAGGAUGGCCUCAUAGACAUCAAUGAUGUUCUCAAAGCAACAGAGUUGAUCAGCCAAGAAAAUCUUAAGUUGAGCAAGAAGCAAGUGUCAGAGAUGAUGACGUUACUGAGGAAGGAGGCGGAGAUUGAUCUCGCUGAGAAACAGCAUGAAAAGGAGGUAAAACUAAAGGAGGAGAUUCAGGAAAAUGGACCAAUCGGAAACCAGGAGGCAGUAGAGGGGAAACAGAAAGAGGCUGAGAAGGAAAAAAUGAAAGGCUGAAGGUGUUAGUGGGAAACAGUUGCUAGGUACAGCAGUUGCUAGGGACAACAGUUGCUAAGGACAGGAGUUGUUAUGGGCAUCUGUUCAAAUAAUUUGCAGGGCUUUUAUGAAUUUGUUUUUAUUUUUGUUUUGUGUGGAGAGAGUUUGAAAAAAUAAUAGAAUGGGGUAAAUUUUAGUCUUGUCAUGUCUAUAGUUCAUUUUUGAGUUCAUUGGACGUCCUGGGUGGAAUUUUAGGUAUAUGUUUAAGAAUAUCAAAACUAUAAAAAUGGCAAAGAAAAUAUAAAAAAAUUGUUUAUCUACAAUCAUUUACAUGGUAUGGAAGGGUGAUUUUUAUUUUGGAUGAAAAUUAUCAUCUAGAUCAUAUCAUGGAGAGUCAUAAAAAGUAUUUAGAGUUUUAAAACACCUGACUGAAACCCCAAAAUGGCAACAGCUAUUAUAAUAGUUGUAUGGUUAAGAAUUGAAAGUUAGGUUAAGAAUUGAAAGUUAGUUAUGAAAAUUUAUUCUCAAAUUGCAUGUUUUACUUUUGUUAUAUAUGAAAUUUCCUUUAAGCAAGAGCUGUCUGUGAUAUCUGUGUAAUUUAAGCAAAUGUUGUUACAUUCUGUCAAGCGUUUAACACUGAAAACAUUGUGAGAAACUUUUUGAUGGUCUGUGUGAUUCAUGUUUUAAUAUUGUCAAUUUUGUAUAAGUCUAACUUCAUCAGUACAUAUAUGGUGUUUACAUGUACACCUGCAUGCCCUAUGAAUUUUAGUGCUGGAAAGACAAAAAAAAAAUGACAUGAUUGGUGUCCUCUCUAACAGUAGUGAGAAAUCUAUGUCCUAUUUAAACUUUUGUAUAAGAAAGAUUAUGGACUAAGAAUUUUGGAAAAGAAUACAAGUCAAAUGACAAGAAAUGAAAAUCCUAUGGGGAAAAAAACACAAGAACAUUUUGGGUAAAAAAACACAAGUAGAUCUUUCGGAGGAAAAUAAAAACACAAGUAGAUCUUUCGGAGGAAAAUAAAAACACAAGUAGAUCUUUCGGAGGAAAAUAAAAACACAAGUAGAUCUUUCGGAGGAAAAUAAAAACACAAGAAAAUAUUUGAGAAAACACAAAGAAAUCUUUUAGGGGAAAAAGAAAAUACGAGUAUAUCGUGUAGGAGGACUCUCCUGUCAAUCAAAGAUUUUCGGUGUUGUGUAUCCGUCAUAAAUAUGAAACUUUGAAAAAAAAAUUAUAGCCUUUAUGAUGAUAAAGAUAAUGAAAUAAAGAUAACAAAUUUUAAACACUUUUUGCAAACUCUCUGAUAAUCUUUCUGCAAUAGUUAAAACUGAUUCAAUUGUUUUUCGAUUUUUAAACAAUUUUCAUCUUUAUUUUCUAUGUGCUGCAGACAUUAAUAAAAAAAAAUACAACAACAAAAAAACAGUUACAGCUUAUUAUCAGAAGUUAUAUCAGAUUUGAAUAUUGGUUCAAAUACAUUUAUGUCUGUGUAAAACAUUGGUUGUACAUGUUUGUGUAUACAUUUUGCGAUAGAGAUGAUCAAAUGUCACUGAAAAUAACAUGUUCAUUUGCUUAGAAUCACAUAACCUAAGUAUACAUUUAUUUUGAAUAAUAAAUUAAACUUUUUGUAUCAGUCAAAUAUAUAAACGCCAUCAAGAUGCAGCGCAUUUUGUUACUUUUUUUUCUGCCAACUUACAGGCUUAUUAUAGUUUUACUUGCUGCAUUACAUCUCUGACAAGUUCGAUAACCAGCCAUAUCACUGUAGUCACUAAAGAGUUAUUGCCCUUUAAUUAUAGAAAUUACCUAAAAAUGGUCGUGUACGCUUAAUAACUUUAUAAGCCUUUGUGCAAUCCUCAUCAACCUUUAUCGGACUGUGUAUUGGCAUAAUGUCUUGGGCAAGUUAUAUAAUAGGUCAUAUCACUGAAGACACUUACGAUUAAGCGCCUUGUAAUUAUAGAAAUUUACCUCAAAUCGGUCUAUCGAUCAAUUACUUUAGGAGCCUUUUUCUAACCCUUACCAAAUUUGGUCACAAUGUGUAUGGGCAGAAUAUCUUUGUCGGCUUCAAUAACAAGACAUGUCACCUCAGCAGCAUUAUGACCCUUGAAUUGGCAAAUGCUGUUUUGAGAGUGUUUGCUCCCUAAAUUUGUCCUCAUGUACGACCACUUGUGACAGUUGGCAAUCUUGCUUGUUUUUGAAUAUAAGUUGAACCCUGUUGGCUCAUACUCUGAGAAAACGACCCAAGCGGGAUUAUUAGCCUUCGGUGAAAAGAAAUCGGUCCUCUACAUCUAGUUAGAGCCAACUUUGAAUACAAGCCAAGCAAGUUCGAGCCAACGGGGCUGGACUGUAUAUGUAAUCAUAUUAAAUGAAAUAUGAUACCUGCAUCAUUGCAGAAGAGGUCCUGUCGAUUUUCAGCUCUUGAAAACAUUCAGUAAUGUCCCUUUAAUCACACAUUUCUUUUAUUUAAUACUGGGAUUGUAAGAUUCUGCGUUAGCAAAAUCACAUUUGCAUUUAUUACAUAUCUUUGUGAGUUUAUUUACAUGCUUUUGCAGUGCAUUUAACUUCAUUCAAAAAAUCUCAAUCAUUUGACUAGAUUGUGGAAAACAUGAAGCUUAAUAUACUAGGGCAUAGUAUUACAUGUGUGGUUUUAUUGUGUAAACUGGUUUACUGAAUUCUACAAUAUUUCAAUGUUCAUGUUUUGGUUGUCUAUAAUAGUAGAAAUGUUUUCCAUAUGUUUCUUCUAAGCAUGUAAUUCCAAGAUUAAAUAUAUAUUAUCAUUGUAUAUCAGUUUUAUUUUUUUGCCCAUUGUCAAGUCAAAGCCACAAAAUGCACAACAAUACACUGAUAUCUUGCCCAGUUUUCCAAGAUACCCAUCUAUAUCCAUGUGCUUUGUUUGGAAACAUAUUGUGGUCAUACUGUUGUUGAUUGAUAUUGUACCAUGCUUCUAGAUAUUAUAAUUAAAUAAAUGAAAGAAAAUGUUU